GGAGCUUGUUACUGCUUGCAAUCUCGUCAAGGAUUCUCUCCCUGUUCUCCUCUGGCCAGAUAACGGGGUGACACAGUGCUACCUAUAAGUGUUUACAAAGCGACGCAGCUGGCCUCAGCAACUUUUCUCUCUUCUCUCUUCCAAAUCAACCACUAUGGAGUCCACCAUUCAGUUCGCCGACACACAGUUGCGACGUACGAGGUCUAACAACUCCCACACGCAUUCUGUUGGUGGAGUCUACCCCAUUCGGUCGCGUUCCCGGUCACGUGGUCGGAAAGGCUCUCUCGAUGUGCACAAGGCUAGAGAGCCCGAGGAUGCCGAAGACGAAGACGCUGGCCUACGAGAUGGACGAGAUUUCAAGCGCAAACAAAUCUUCAGUAUAGGCCAGAUGUUUUUCCUUGCCUACCAGUCCGUCGGCGUGAUUUAUGGAGACAUUGGAACUUCGCCACUCUAUGUCUACUCCUCCACAUUCACCUCUCCACCAAGCCAUAUCGACCUUUUAGGAGCCCUUUCUUUGAUCAUUUGGUCGGUCACGAUGAUGGUGACCGUGAAGUACGUCCUUAUCAUUUUGCGAGCCGAUAAUGACGGCGAGGGUGGCACAUUCAGCACUUACUCACUAUUGUCACGAUAUGCAAACAUAUCGAACCGGGAUCCUCGUGAGGCGACUAUGAUACGCAUGGAACGGCACCUCACAGAAGACUUGGGCCGCUCGAAUAGGAAUGUCCGACACACAAUCGAGAAUACAAAAUUCUUCCGCGGUCUGUUGAAGACGAUCGGCGUCCUGGCUGUCUCCAUGGUCAUGUCUGAUGGUGUGCUGACCCCUGCGCAAUCUGUCCUUGGUGCUGUUCAGGGCCUCAACGUUGUUGCACCCAACAUCUCGAAGUCGACUGUAGUGGGGGUCACCUGCGCUAUUCUUAUCUUACUUUUCUUGAUCCAGCCGUUUGGAGUGACUAAGAUAUCGGUUGUCUUUGCCCCCGUUGUCUUCAUCUGGCUUGGAUUCAACGCCGGGUUUGGCAUCUAUAACCUCGCCAAGUAUGACCACGCCAUUCUAAAGGCGUUCAACCCGUACUACAGCUUUGAAUAUCUCAUUCGGAACAAACAGCACGGAUGGAGGAGCCUAGGCGGCAUCCUUCUCGCCUUCACGGGUGUCGAAGCUCUCUUCGCUGAUGUUGGUGCCUUCAGCCGUCAUGCCGUUCAACUGAGUUGGCUUGGAUACACCUACCCUUGCCUCCUCCUUGCGUACACAGGUCAGGCCGCAUACAUUAGCGUUCACCCGGAUGCCUAUUCGAACCCGUUCUAUAACUGCGUGCCUCCUGGGUGGCUCAUCCCUUCACUGAUUAUUGCCAUUCUGGCUGCAAUUGUGGCAUCACAAGCUAUCAUCACGGCCACUUUCCAGCUCAUAUCUCAAAUCGUGAAAUUGUCGUAUUUCCCUCAAAUCAAAAUCCACCAUACGUCCAAAAUCUACCAUGGCCAGCUGUACGUCCCUGCAGUCAACUGGCUGCUCAUGCUGGGUACUGUUCUGGUUGCUGCCAUCUACAAUAAUACCACGUCUCUUGGUAAUGCGUACGGAGUAUGUGUUAUGUUCGUCACCUUCUUUGACACAUGCAUGGUUACCCUCGUGGCUAUUAUCGUAUGGCGCAUCAAACCCUACUUUGUUUUCUUUCCAUGGUUAGCUAUUGCCUGCCUGGAUGGUACAUUCCUUUCCUCGGCUCUUACGAAGUUCCCCGAUGGUGCCUGGUUUACUAUCCUCCUUUCCAUGCUUUUAGCCUCCAUUUUCAUUCUCUGGCGGUUUGGCAAAGAGCAACAAUGGUUUGCUGAAGCCGCAGACCGUUUCCCAACAACUCAUUUCGUUCGGACGCUCGAAGAUGGCAGUGUGCAGCUCACUGAACGAUUUGGGAACAAGAAUCUCAGCUCUCUUGAAGGGUUUGGCAUUUUCUUCGACAAGGCCGGCGAAACGACACCCAUUGUUUUCAGUCAAUUCAUCCGGAAGCUUGUCACCGCUCCCAAGGUUAUUGUGUUCUUUCAUCUGCGACCCCUGGAGACUCCAUCUGUCGCUGCAGAGGAGCGAUAUCAUGUUUCACGACUAGCGAUCCCGAACUGUUAUCGCCUAGUAGUCCGUCACGGAUAUAUGGAUGAGGUCAUCACUCCAGAUCUUGCCUCCCUCAUCUUCGAGAAAGUUCGCGACCACAUCAUCCUCCGAGCCUUAGACAGAGAAAAUGAGAAAGCACCUGCCGUAACGGGGGCAGAUACUAGCAACCAAAAUGAAUUGAACAACGUGAACAAUUCCGGCGGCAAAACCACUAUCGCAGAGAAGUAUCUUGGACUGGGCUCCGAUAUCCCGAGCUCUUCAGACCCAAGCACUAUGCAGGCCUCCACUCCUUCUUCAAACGGACCUACCACUACCUCUCGCCUCUCGGCUCUGGAGCGUGCCUUCAAUCAUGAAGUGCUCUACAUCAUCGGGAAGGAGCAGCUGAAGGUCAAGGCAGGCACAAACCUUGUGAGGGCGAUUCUACUAAAGGCAUUCUUGUUCUUGCGAGAAAAUACAAGGACCAAGAUUGCGAGCCUCAAGAUCCCGACGGAGAAGAUUAUCGAAGUUGGCUUUGUCAAGGACGUAUAAAAUUAACCUUUGGGGGGUUGAAUGGCGUAAGUUUUAGUAAGCAGUGAAUUGGCAGUGCGACCUAGGGAUAGGCAGGUAUGUAGUAGGGCUAUUCUGGCAGUUUUAGCUAAGUAUAUCGAUUCGAUAACAACAGCAGGCAUAUUUUGGAGUGAAUAAACGAUAUGAGACAGGAGGCUACCAGUCCUGAA